AUCACUACUUUUGUCGGCAAGACACCCACCAACGUUCGGCUCGCUAGAAGAGCCUACGUCGUUCUACACGGUAGAGAUCGAAAUGGAGCUACUUACUGGAACAUCAUCAACAAGGCGUACGCCAGUGCUCGCGGUGCUGGUGUCACAAGUGAUGCAAAUUCGAUCCGAUUUGCUCCCAAUUUCUUGUCGACAGCUGAGGACGCGGCCGUGCGCAAGGGAUCUCUGAUGGGCUGGGCGGACCCGGACGCGUGGGUAGGAGGUGAUGCUCCGACGGCUCCUGGUGGGACUUCUGGCAACAUCGCAGCUGUCUUCGAUGCCUAUCUCAAUGCCCUAGCCGAUCGAAGCGUCUACCCCAAUCUGGACACCGUCGUCUUUGUUGGCCAUGGCGCAGGCGCUCAGGGCAUCCAAAGAUAUGCCGCCCUAGGCCAGGACUCUCCACGUGCUGGUCUUGCACUACGUUACGUAGUUGCCAAUCCUUCUACUAAUCUCUACUUUACCAGAGAUCGCCCGGUACCCGUCGAUACCGGGUCCUGCGGCUGGUACAACGACUUCCGCUACGGUCUGUAUAAUUACGCAUCCCCUUAUCCCUUGACUCUGACCGCCUCCAGUCUCUUCAAGCGCUACAUGACCAGAGAUGUUCGCUAUCUGGUAGGAGAUCAAGACACGACCGCCACCGAAGGCGAUCAGACGUGUGCUGGCAGAGCUGCCGGAGGUCCUGCCAGGCGGGACCGAAACUACGACUACUGGGCCUACCUGCACCUCUUGGCAGGAAGAUCCGACGUACCGUCUUAUCCUGGUCUCUUCCCUACUCUCGACCCCCGAUCGACCAAGCCCCGCCUUGCUGGGACAUAUCCGACCACCACUGCGGACACCUUGGCAAAGUUCAGGACAUCGGCUUUCAAUCAUCAGUUUGCCGUUGUACCGGGCGUUGCACACAGCGUAUCCGCUAUGCUGGAGAGCCCUGAAGGCCUCAGCGCCAUCUUUGGCAAUUGA